AUGAACAAGGAGAUUUCCACGGCGGACAUCCUGUCAGGUGGCGAGAGCUAUAGUGGAAUAUCGGCAGUAGAAAAGAAUGCUAAGGCGAUGAUGAAGGUGUAUAACGCAAUAAAGACCAGCUUUGGACCUCUCGGCCUAGACAAGAUGUGUGUUGACUCGGCAGGAGAAGUCAGCAUUACAAACGACGGUGCAACUAUUCUUCAGAAUAUGCUGAUAGAUGACCCAGCAGCUAAGAUUCUUGUGGAUUUGGCCACCCAGCAAGAUCACGAGGUGGGUGACGGGACUACGUCUGUUGUUUUAAUAGCUGUGAGUCUGAUUGAAAAGGGAGCCAAGCUUAUAGCAUCCGGCGUCCAUCCCUCGGUUGUUGUUUCUGGUUACAAAAUGGCAUUCAAUGAAUGUGUGCAAUUUAUUAAGAAGAGCAUGUCGAAGAGCACUCUGAAUCUAGGCUCUAAGGCAUUGAGGAAUGUUGUGGAAACAAGCAUCUCCAGUAAGGUCAUCAGCUCGGAGAGUGAGGUGUUCUGUGGGAUUGUUAUUGAUGCGUUGAAAUGCAUUGAGUCGGUUGAUGAGAACAGAAAAAACAUGUACCCCAUAGAAGAUAUUAACAUCCUGAAACACCCAGGGGGCUCUAUGAAAGAAUCAUUUUUACACCAAGGAUAUGCCCUAAACUGUUCCCUGGCCUCUAAUUUCAUGAAGAGGCAGGUCAAGAAACCGAAGAUUCUCUGUAUCGACUUUGGGCUUCAGAAGUAUAAGAAUCCUUUGACCGUAAGCAUAGUUGUUGACGAUCCCAACAAGCUGGAAGACAUCAGGAAGAAGGAGUUGGAAAUCACCAGGAGACAGAUCAAGACAAUUAUCGAUUCCGGGGCUAAUGUCGUUUUGACGACAAGAGGCAUCGACGACAUGUGCACCAAGCUUCUGGUGGAGGCAGACGUAGUUGGAAUCCGAAGGUGCAAGAAAGAAGACUUACUUGUGAUUGCUAAAGCAACAGGGACGAGCCUAGUAAGUUCAAUUGCUGAUAUAAGCGGGGCAGACAGCAUCUCAAGCCUGGGAUUUGCUGACAAAUUUGAGGUGGUGCAGAUUGGAGAAGAGGAAUGCGUGCUCAUCAACGGGCUUAAGAAAAAGAUGGCAUCGAUAAUUCUAAGAGGGGCAAACUGCCAGCUUCUCGACGAAAUGCAGAGGUCAGUCCAUGAUGCCGUCUGUGUUCUGAAGCGUACCCUUGAGUCCAAUAGCGUUGUGCCUGGAGGAGGGGCUGUUGAAUGUGCACUGUCAUUGAUGCUGGAGAAGUUUGCAUUCACCGUCAACUCCAAGGAGCAUGUUGCCAUCCAUCGCUAUGCAGAGUCACUCCUGUCGAUUCCGAAAAUUCUGUCUACAAACGCAGGGCUGGAUUCCAACGAGCUUGUAGCAAACCUGUUGUCUUCUCAAAGCAGGGAAAUGGCAAACUCUUCAGGCUCAAAAUUUUUGGGGAUUGAUGUAACAAGCGGGAAGAUUCAGGACAACUUUGAGUUUGGAAUAAUCGAGCCAAGCGUAAACAAAAUGAAAUCGCUGAAGGCUGCAACAGAGGCUGCAAUAAGCAUCCUGAGAAUCAACGAGGUGAUUAUCCUACCACCAGACCAAUCUAAGAAUUAA